AUGGGUCGACAUACUCCAGGCCACUUUGACGAUGUCUUCCUCAACAAGGUCAAGGCAGUCUGCAUCCAUGUUCUUGAUCAGCUCAACGAAGCAAAUGAGAUCGAACAAGCCUUCGACUUGUGUCCCUCCAUCUCUCGCCGCAACCGUGUCAUUCUCUCUUUUCUCCGCGACGCCGAUCAAGCCAACGAUGCUACUUCUUCUUCAUCGGCGACCAAUGCUUCUGCGUCUUUGUCUGGCUCUCCACCACUGGGAAUCUUGCGCCCUUCGACUUCCAUUCGGCCCUCGAGAGAACCUUCCCUUGGCACUGACAGCAUAGCCAGUCUUUCCGCUCAACGUCGAAGGCGAGCAAGAGAGAUGCAGUAUGUCCGCGAUCCCAUCGGCUCCAACGAUGAUUCCGACUCUCAAGCCACUGUAGCUGGUCCCUCUUCUACCUCUUCUCAUGCCCAUCUCGACCCAGCAUGGGCGCGCAACCCUAACAUGUCGCAGCCAGACUACACCUUUGAACAGUUUGCCGAACAUCUCGAUCCCACGGACAAGCUCCUUAAACGCAGCUUUGAAAUCGUUAUCAAGGAGACAGCUCGUCAAGCACUAGCCAAGAAGCGUGAUCCCAAUUAUGAUCCCGCCAAUUCUUCAGCUAGGCCCUUCGCCGACCCGGCUGCUUCACUGCGAUCUGCUAUUGCAUCCUCGCGCGGCGUUUCCUCGCAUGGCGCUGGUCGACCUAGAUACGGCUCACGACAAGCUGCCUGGUCUCGCGUCCAAGCGGCAGAUCCCUAUUGGAACGCAUCGGAUCCAAAUGUCAGAACUGCCUCCCUCGACCGUACCUAUCAGCUCCUCCGAUCACUUCGGUCCUCAACACGAACACUCAAUUCGCAGCCUGAUGCAGGAUUACAGCCCACGAACGCCCCUCUCACCGACUCGGACCGUCCUCCUCGCCGUACACUGCGUGACUUGAUGCUUACGACCGCCACUGGCCGCCUUGGUUCCUCCCAAGUUCCACUACCUUCUACAUGGAGUCCCUCUUCGUCCCUAACCUCACGCACCACGCAGCCUCUCACAUCAGCCACUCACCUGCCGAUCCGGGUUGCGCGUGCUGCGCCCAACUGGGAUGCCGACUCAUCCAGCAGUUCGCCUGACGGCUUGGUACCUCAACUUGCGCAAAGUAGAUUAGCUGCGCGCUCUAAUUCGGCUGUGGCACUUUCUCAGCAAGCUAUCAAUGCCAGACUCGCCGAGGCUGCUAGACGUAAUGCCGAAGCAGCAAGAACUAUUGUCGAUGCAGAACGUCUUCGUUCUAGCCAAUUUAUUCGCACCUCGAUCGAGUCUCUCAGAGCUUCCCUCUUCCAACUCCACAUGGAUCUUACAGGAACGCAGCUACAGCAACUGGAUCGGUCUCGACCCUCGCAAACGCAAGAGAACGCGUCAAGUCCUUCCGCACAAACAGACCUAUGUGCAUCAUACGCGCUUGUCAUGGACACCAUCGAGUUGUUCGACGAUACGCUCCGCCGCUUGUCCUGUCUUGUUUCCAACACGAGUCGCGAGACAGACCAAGAUGCAUCGUCAACAGCACAGACGGUCGAUCCGCAGCGCCACGCCGAUUCAUCACAGAUGCGGACAUCCCUCUGGAGAGCACGCAAUCUGAUGCUACUCUCCUCGAUGACUCGUCGCCCUGAUCUCAGCGAAAACGCCGCAAGCACGGGCGAGUCUGAUGCAGCGACUUCUCACGAAGCCGAACUCCGAGCCCAUCGUCAUCUUCUCGCCACAAUUGAAGAGUCACACUGGUCUCGAGCUGACGCACGACCGCCGUCAGCUGGUUCCAUCCGUGCCUGGCGACGCAAGCUUGCUGCAUGGUAUUAUCUCGAUCGGGACCGCUCUUGUUACCCUGACGCGCCUCACUCCAACAGUCAGCCGGAAGACGUGUAUGCUCGGUGGCAUCCAGAUCUUGAGCUACCGUACUCCCUCGAUGACGAGAUCGUCGCUCCAACGACGUUUGGUUCCGCGUCCUCUCGCCCCUAUCCCAUCACCGAUCCUCAAGCAGCCUGGGCUUACGUCCGGAGCCACGAUGCUGCGCUUGCAAACGAUCUAAACCAGGACGACGAGGUACGCGCUGCUCUUGAGGCCGGAUCCGUCGCUACUGCACUGCAGCAAGUAUUGCGCUUGCACAAUGAAAACGCCGAUACAGCCGCACCCUCAUCGUCGGCCGCGACGGAGGCAGCGGUCGCCUCUUCCAUUGGCACUGCGGAAGAACUUCACACAAUGCAACUUGCUCAUGCUACUGUGGAAGAUGCCGAUCCGGACGUAUCCCUCACCCGUACCACCUCGUUGAGCCGUCGCGGUGCCGUGCGAGGCCUGCCGCUUAGCAAUUUCGACACCUCCAGCAUUCGAUCUGCUCGGUCUUCCUUGUCUUUGCGCCGUCCUCGAAGUGAGGUCGACCUUGCCGGUGACCUAUCAGCCGGGAUGCGAGAACGACAGAGAAACGCACAGGAAGACAACGACGCGAUCGAGGAAGACAUUGUCGAAACAGGUAUCGAGAUCGACACUGUUCCGCACUCUCCUGUCCGUGAAAGCGCAUCAGCCACGAGCGGAACAUCCUCGUUGCAGCCUCCCUCCGACCGUCCGCGGACAGGUCGUAGUGGGUCUUUCACCUUCAUCACCACUCCAGCUGCUGUCCUUCGGUCACGACAACGCAGCGCAAGCCAAAGCCAAGACGGUCCACGUUCGGAGUCACCCGCUGCAGCUCCAGCUGUGGAAGAAGGGGACUCUGAAGCGGAAGAGUACAUUGAUCUUGACUUGGAUCUAGGUAUGGCUGGCGAUGACGCUUUCGACUUUGACUUGGUUGACUUCCUUCAUAGUGAGUCUCGUCGUGCUCGUCGACAAGACGACGACGAAGAUGAGCUGGAAACGGACUCGAUGUUUGCCAGCUCCUCGCCGCCACCUCGUCCGCAAGAUAGUAGACAUCAGAACGCAGACGCGGACGCGAGUCAGGACGAUGCCGACAGCUCAUCUCCCACAGGCAUUCGCGUGUUCAUUUCAGGCUCAGGCGCCUCUACCCCGGCAGAAGCAAGACAGGCCACGUUCGAGGCAUACGCGGAGCGAGCCAGGCUGUUAGAGCGUCGAAGGAGGAUGGAGCGACAAAGACAGGUUCAGGAUGAUGACGACGCCAGGGAAGGCGGCGGAAAUGGAUCUGAAGAGCAUUCUUCGGAAGGCAGACGACGAAGGAGAGGGAGACAGAUUGGCGAGACGAGGGGGAACAGCGGGGAAAACGCUGACCGGCGGAACUCUCUGCCAUUCCCUCGUAGUUCCGAGCGAUGA